AGUCAUGGCAUCGCCUCUCCUCCGUCCCCCGGUGUCCUUUCCGGCGUCAUGUGAAAGUGGCUGGCGGCGGUAGACCGGACCCCCCCUCCUCCUCCUCCUCCCCCUCCUCCUCCUCCAUCCAGCUCAUUCGUCCGCUGAUGUCCACGCCCCGGUUCCUCCUCUGGUGGGGUUAGUGUCCCUCGCACCCCGCUGCCCACGGUCCAUCCCGCACCUUUCGGCGUGCGGCGGCGCAGCGGAGGAUGAGCGAGCAAGGGAAGGGCUCAGCAUCCGCCUCAGCAGCCGCGGCCCCGGCUCCGGCUGCCGGCUCGGACACGUACAAGGGCUGGCUGUUCAAAUGGACCAACUAUCUGAAGGGGUACCAGCGGCGGUGGUUUGUCCUCAGCAAUGGCCUGCUCUCAUACUACAGGACGCAGGCGGAGAUGGCCCACACGUGUCGCGGGACAAUAAACCUGGCCACCGCACACAUCGACACGGAGGACGCCUGCAAUAUUGUCCUGAGCAGUGGUGGCCGCACUUACCACCUGAAGGCCAGCACAGAGGUGGAGCGGCAGAGAUGGGUCACGGCACUGGAGCUGGCCAAAGCCAAAGCCAUCCGCAUGAUGAACGAUCAGUCUGAUGAUUCAGGGGACGAGGAGCCCACAUCCCAGUCAGACCGCAGCGAGCUUCAGGGAACCCUGAAGAUACUCGUCAGCAAGCUCGAUGACCUCAGUACGUGUAACGACCUGAUCGCCAAGCACGGGGCGGCCCUGCAGCGUUCCCUGAGUGAGCUCGAGGGUCUGAAGGUCCCCGUUGAGGGAGGGGAGAAGAUCAAGGCAGUCAACGAACGAGCCACCCUCUUCCGAAUCACUUCCAAUGCUAUGAUCAAUGCGUGUCGAGACUUCUUGGACCUAGCGGAGACUCACAGUAGGAGAUGGCAGCGGGCGUUGCAGUAUGAGCGGGAGCAGCGUACUCACCUAGAGGAGACCAUUGAGCAGCUAGCCAAGCAGCAUAACAGCCUGGAGCGAGCGUGGAGAGAAGCACCCACGCUCGUCUCCAGCGCACCCAGUGCCCCUACCACCAACAAGGGAAGUGUGAGGCCGCUCAAAGGAGAAGCAAGUGAUGAAGAUGAGGAUACAGAGUAUUUUGAUGCCAUGGAGGAUUCCCCUGCAUUUAUCACAGUGACUGCCACUGAGAACACACAGCACAGGCGAUCUCAGAGUAAUUUGAGCGGAGCAAGCGGAGGUCACCCCGGUGACUGGAACCAGGACGACCAUAUGUCUCCAGGCUGUAAUGAUGUGUCAGGGAAGGAGCUGCAGCCCCGCAGACAGAGGAGGACUCAUAUCCCAGACAAACCCAAUUACUCCCUCAAUUUAUGGAGCAUCAUGAAGAACUGCAUUGGCAAGGAGCUCUCUAAAAUCCCAAUGCCUGUAAACUUCAAUGAGCCUCUGUCGAUGCUGCAGCGUCUCACUGAGGACCUGGAGUACCACGAGCUUCUGGACAAGGCGGCGCGCUGCGACUCCUCCCUGGAGCAGAUGUGCCUGGUCGCUGCCUUCUCUGUCUCCUCCUACUCCACCACGGUCCAUCGGACAGCCAAGCCCUUCAAUCCCCUCCUGGGCGAGACCUAUGAGCUCGAUCGCUUGGAAGAGUUUGGCUACCGCUCGCUUUGUGAGCAGGUGAGCCAUCACCCCCCUGCUGCUGCACAUCAUGUGAUUUCCAAACAAGGCUGGACCCUGUGGCAGGAAAUCACCAUUGCCAGCAAGUUCCGUGGCAAAUACCUCUCUAUAAUGCCUCUGGGUGCCAUACACCUGCAGUUCCACUCCAGUGGGAACCACUAUAUCUGGAGAAAGGUCACCUCCACAGUGCACAACAUCAUUGUGGGCAAGCUGUGGAUUGACCAGUCGGGGGACAUUGAGAUUGUGAAUCACAGGACCAAGGAGACCUGCCAACUCAAGUUCUCUCCCUACAGUUAUUUCUCCAGGGACGUUCCACGGAAGGUGACAGGUGUAGUGGCAGACAAUGAGGGCCAUGCUCACUACAUCCUCUCUGGUACGUGGGAUGAGAAGAUGGAAAGUGCUAAAAUCAUUCAGAGCAGCCGAGGGGCAAGUGGAUCAGAGGGCAGGCAGAAGACCGUCUAUCAGACUCUGUCCCCCAAACUGCUGUGGAAGAAAUACCCUCUCCCGGAGAACGCAGAGAACAUGUACCACUUCUCUGGUCUGGCAUUGACCCUGAAUGAGCAGGAGGACGGAGUGGGACUGACAGAUAGCCGGCUGAGACCAGACCAGAGGCUGAUGGAGGACGGGCGAUGGGAUGAAGCAAACUCAGAAAAACAGAGGCUGGAGGAGAAACAAAGAGCUGUGAGAAGGAGGAGGGAAGCAGAAGCUACAGACGCUGUGGUUGAAGAGUGUGAUUAUGACUCUGGUAGAGAAUACGAAGGCUACCAGCCGCUGUGGUUUCACCAGAGGAGGGACUCUGUCACUGGAGAGACAAACUUUGUGUACAAGGGGGGUUACUGGGAGGCGAAGGAGAGACAGGACUGGAGCAUGUGUCCGAACAUCUUCUAACCCAGGAACUGACCCCGGAUCACACCUGACCUCAUCAGACAGGAAACUGCUCAGCCUCCGGUCCUUAUGCAGUGGGGCGUAGCUGUUUUAUGAACACUAUGUGGACCUUUGUGAGCAAGCAAAUGUGUAUGUUUCACACACUCUUGGAUUACACUGUACCUCCACAUGUACACCCUCACUCUGUUUUUACUCUGGGUGAAAAGAAGGGACAUUCCCUGAGCAGUCCUCUUUGACACUUUACUGAAAUAGCAGUGAAAUAAUGUGUGUGCACUUGCGUGUGUGAGAGAGAGAGAGAUAAUGAAGUUGUGACAUCACACAAUUUAGGCACCUGCGCACUCCUGAAAUCAGGUGCUCUGUAAAUGCUACCCACAAUGCACUUUUCUUUGAUCACCCUAUUACAGAGUUUUACUAAUGGGAUAGAAAACCCGUAUCAAACAGCACUCAACUGCAGACUCACAACUAACAGGGACAAGGUCACUGAAACACAACAGUGUUGAAUGCACGUCAGUAUUUCAGUGGUCAUAAGCAACAUGUACUCAUCCUGUUUUAUUUAUCACAAUUGAGAUUAUGCUAAACCAAUUUAUAAACUAGAAAUUAGUUCCCUCUUUCUCUUCACAGGAAUGAUUUCAACUGCUCACUUUGCCUUUUGGUGUCAGGAAAUUUCUGAUUGUUAGAUUUUAUUAAGAGUUAUGGAGACCCAAAAUGUUCAUGAUUAAAUAAAGAAGACAUUAUCGUAUUAAUAACUAUAGACCAACAGUGUUUUUUAACCAUAAAAUCCUGAAAUAAUAAAAAAAAAAUUUUAAAACUCAACAAACUAAUUAUUGCUGCUGAUUAGUUGCAAUUUACUUUAUUCCAGUUUUAAUUUAUUCAAACAAUUUAAUUUACUAUUAUUUUCUAUAUUUUUUCCACAUAAUCCCACCUUCCAUCCAAAAUCUUCAUCUGUUAGUCAUUUAUGGGAUCGGCUGCUCCAUAAAUGGCCUCACACACAAAAGAGUCAUUGGGGAAAUAUGACAGUGUGAAGCAAAUUUAGACUUUGGAAAAAAAGAUUUUUAAAUAAAAACUGCUACAGAAAGAAAUUGAUGGGCUGCAAAAAAACUUAAUUGUGAAAAUAAGCUACGUGAAAAUAUACAUGAUUUUUUCACAAUUUUAUUGUGGUUAUAUAUGUUGUCUGUUUUCAUUUAUAUAUUUGUUAUUUUCGUAAUGUUUAUUCGUUUAGUUUGCAACAGUUUUGGUCUCCAUAACAACAGCUAAGAGGCUGGUUUAUCUGAAUUGAUCAAGUAUACAGAAAUGCGGUGUGGUUGUUGAGGUUUCCCUUUAGGUAAACACAAGUACCUAGUUAGUCUGUUAGACUGUAGUGCAUGUAGUGAUGAUAUAGCUGCUGAUCCAGGUCAUACUUUGAAUAUGAAAUGCGCCUAUGCUCCAAUGCAUUUCAGUUAUCUAAACAUGCUUCAGACAUCUUCCACCUGUGAUUCUGGUUAGCAACACUCUACAGUAGUCGGUCUAAAUUGUAACACAUCAGUGCAACAUUACAUUCUUAUCACUCUAAAGGAAUCUCCAUCAAGUACCUGAAUACGCAUGUUUCACUGUGAUUGACCAUAGAUUAGUACAUAUCUCUGCGUCGACGAUGAACCUUUUUUUUUAACUCUGUACGUGUACUUUACCUCGUCCUGUGGUGCUCUCCUAUGGCAACACGUACUGUGUGCUUGGUGACCAUUUUGAGUGACAUCGUUCUCAGUGAUUGUACAAAGAAUUAACCCCUGCGCCAAAUCGCUAGGUCAGACUUUCGGUCGUUGCCACCCAGUACAUCCCGUUGGUUUCUGUAGUGUGCAUUGCUCCAGCUCCACAGCCUCCUAUCAGUCACUAACUUGUAGUUCCAGUUGGUUCUUCUCCACCUGAGACGGGAGUGGUUUCUAUCAGGAGUCCAGAGUGGCUUCAGCUGACAGGAGGUCAGGGCUGGUUCCUGUAGCACAGCUUUUGUGCGGUCAGCUUUUGCAACAGAGGACUCCCUCAGCUGCUGCUCCAGACUCACCACAGCUCACACCUUGUAUUGUCCUUUCGUUCUGUGUUUGUGGACACGCUGAUCUGGGAUCAGCUCACAAGGGUACCCUCAGUCUUUUUGCCUUAAAUCGGCUAAACAAGGGAUGACGUCCUCUGACCUGUGCACUACAUGUCUCCAGUGACAUGAGUUUUGAAAAACAGUUAGUAUUUUUUGUAAUUCUUGUUAGGAAUGUAGAAUUCAAGGCUGGAGGUAUUAUAUCUACCAUGUGUCUAUUUCUGUGAAUAUUUUGUGAUAAAAGAAUGAUGAUUUAAGAAUAACUAGACUAAUCUGAGUAUGAAGUUAUCUGUACAACAUAGUUCAAAUCUGAAAAGAAGAAACGGAAUGAGCCUUAGGGUCUCUUGCAAUUUGAAUUUUUAAACCAAAUUAAUUUUAUGAAGAUGGAAAUUAAUCCUGUGGCACUGUCAUUUGGCUGCAGAUUCAUCUUUUUAUAUAUCCAUUAACUGUCUUAACACACUGAAAAUAUUUUUUAUAGAGUCCUUGAUGCUAGCACAUUAGUAACUGUGGUUCAGUUAUGAUUUCCUCUGAAGUGCAGGCCAUAAAGAUGUGAAAAAUGUACUGGAAAAGAAACUCAUUCAUAAUUGAAUACCCCACCAUGCUAUUUGGCUGAUAGAGUGAAGGAGAUUUUCCGUAUGAUAUGAGCAACUUAAAAUCUUAAUUGAUGUUAAUAAUUUGAUUUGAAAUGAAUGAUGAUUGAUGGGGUUUUUUUGCACAAAAGAUGCUUUUUGUCCCCAUUAACAUAAAAGAUACAUUAAAACGCAGUUUUGAUUUGUGGUUGGGAUGAGCACAGUUUGAUCAAUCACCAAAAUGGCUAGAAGGUAUAAUCCAGCAUUCUUGGAAAUAUGUUUUGGGAUUUUGUUUGUAUGAAAAGAUUGAUACCUCUCUCAUUUCUCAAGCUACAACCAGCAGCGGGUUGUUUUAUCUUAGCACAAAGACUGGAAACUGGGUGAAACAGCUACACUGGCUCUCUCCAAAGCUAAAGGAUCACAGUUGUUUAAGUCUGCUUGGCUGCUUCCAGCCAAUGAUUAAUCAAGCACAUAACUCACCAUAUUAUUGUGUUUUAAACAACUCAAACAAAUUAAAUGUUCAUUUGUUGACUUUGGAGCUACAUGUUGAUGGAUUUUUUUCCCCAAUCAUUGGACAAAACCAGACAUGUCAAUUUGUUUCCAGUUGCUAAGCUAACUAGCUGCUGUCUUUAGCCCAGCUAUAUGUUGAAUAGUCAGGAGUGGUAUUAAUCUUGUCAUCAUCAACCUAGGAGCAUAUUACCCAAAUGUUAAACAAUUCCUUUAAUUUUACUUUACUACUUGGGUUCUCUUCUUGUCUGUCUGCUUCACUCACACACCAACACGUUCAUGUAAUAACAAACUGUUGAAGUUGUGUACACUUUAAAUCAUAUCAAAGGGUCAAGUUGAAGGAUGGACACUAUCGCAGCAAGAUGACUUUUUUUUUUUGCUAUCUUGAAAAUCCUCAUUAGCAGUUUAUUCUGUAUCAUCAUCACGUGCAGUCAUGGCAUCUGAGAGAACACGGAUCACUGCUGAGUGGUGGUGAAGACUUCAGAAGGAAAUUUAGUUUGUGAUUUACUUUUUUUUCAGCUACCAAUAUCAAAGUUCACUAGAGAUUUACUUUAAUACAUUGUGUUUGAGAUGAUUUUAUACUCAAGAAUACAUAUUAUAUUUUGAAUGACAACGGAGAGCUCACCAUACGUAUUAAUCAAUAUAUUUUCAAAUAACUUGACCUCAGUACCUGAGUGCAUGGUGGUGACUUGCCUGUUGAAGUUGCCCCACUGAGGCCCUGUACAGUAUCGGACAGCUGUAGCAAUAAUGCAGUGAGGUGUAGAUUUGUUAGUUAAUGGCUUCAAACAGUCGUCUCCCUCAUGCAAACGGGAAAAACAACCAAAGUGUAAAUGGAGAGUGCACUGAAGACUAAAAACAAAACACUCUUCACCUGCCUUUUCAAGCUCAGAGGGAUCUAAUGUUAACCCCCUCUCAAUGUUUCUCUCAUUUCAUCUCACCCAACCCUCAAUUCACUGUGGGGGGAAUUUUUUUUCGCUUUAUUUUUUAUACUUUAGUCUUCUGUUAUGAUUUCUAACUUGUCAUGGGUGCCAUUGUUCUUAUGUUGGUGUUUGCAUACUGUCUGUACGCAUAAUGAGCUUGAUUUGUGGCACACAAGUCCUCCUGAUUUGAUACUGCUCAGUUUUGAGGCAGAGGCCCCCUGAUGAAAACUGAACCUUGCUUCUUCUUGGACUGUGACUGACGACAUUGUUGCGAGACAGACGUUGAUAUUAAAAAUCUGAAUGGUGAUGAAAGUUAUGAAAUGUAUCUCAACAGCGGCCUGGUACAGGAGGUCAAAGGUGAUUGACCUUCCUUGACUACUACUCCCACUUCCCAAAUACACUUAAGUGUAGUCAGCUGAAACUGCGGAUUCAACUGAGGUUUUUGCUUUUUUUUAAAUUUUAUUGUGUAUUUUCUCCCUUAAUUUAUACUGGUAACAUUGUCUUUACACAACAAAGACACAAUAAUGAAAAAAAUAAGAUAAUAAAGUUGUUAUUGUUGACACUGAA